AUGUCUGGAAUGGCGACUAAGCAGCAGUCGAUUGCCAUAUUUGAUCGUCUUCGCGCGGAGAGAGGGAAUAAGAGCUGCUUCGACUGUGGAGCGAAAAACCCGACAUGGACUUCCGUCCCCUUCGCGAUCUAUCUCUGCCUAGACUGCUCGGCCAUCCACCGCAACCUGGGCGUGCACAUCUCGUUUGUGCGGUCGUCGAACCUCGACACCUGGUCCUGGGACCAACUCCGGCUCAUGAAAGUCGGCGGCAACACCUCCGCGCGGGACUUUUUCUCCAAAAACGGCGGCUCCUCGGCGCUCAACUCGAAAGACGCAAAGACGACGUACACGUCGCGCGCCGCGGUCAUGUACAAAGACGAGCUCAAGCGGCGCGCGGCCGAGGACGCGCGCAUCUAUCCGGACGAGGUCGUGCUCGACGAGGACUCGAGCGCGGUCGCGGCUGCGGACGCGUCUUCGCAGAAAGACGACGACGACUUCUUUGCCUCGUGGGAUAAGCCGGUCAUCAAGAAAUCCGUCACGCCCGUGUCGAGAACCUCAACACCGCCGUCGAUCGGCCGCACGCCCUCACCUGCGGUCUCGGCGAGCGGGGGCGACAACAGCAGUAGCAGCAACAGCGAAGAACAGCCGGCGCGCAAAAUCAUCUCGUCCUCCGCGCUGCGAUCAAAGAACGCGAGCGCCACGCGCCGCCCGGGCGCGUCGGUGCUGACAAAGAAGAAAGUCGUCGCCAAGAAAAUCACCACGGAAGCUAUUGAUUUCGACGAGGCCGAGAAGAACGCAAAGGAGGAGGCCGAGCGCGCGGCCACGCUGGGCUACAACGUCGAGGAAGAGCGCGCGAUGAGCACAAAGGCCGAGUCGCCAAAGAGCGAGCGGGCACCGUCCUACAGCUCUGUGUCGUCGAAAGCGGACUCGUCUACUGACAGAUUGGGCCUGGGUAUGGCCCGGCUUGGAUUUGGCAUGACUGCCUCGGCAGCAUCGGCCGCGGCAGCAGACUCGUCCGCUUCGUCGGCGAAGAAGUCAUCGACCGCUUCGUCGUCGGCGUCGACGCCAUCCGGCGAGAGCUCCAAGAAAUUCGGCGCGCAGAAAGCAAUCUCAUCAGACGAGUACUUUGGCCGCAACCAGUUCGACUCGAAAGCGCAGGCGGAGGCGCGUUCGCGACUGCAAGCGUUCGACGGCGCGUCCGGGAUCUCAUCCGCCGCGUACUUUGGCCGCGACGAAGAGGCCGAGGACGAGGCCGGCGGGGACGGCAACGGCGACUUUGCAGACAUUGAGCGCGUGGCGCGGAAUUUCGCGUCGAAGAUUGCAAACGGCGCGGGCGACGACUUGGGCAAUAUCAAGGAUAUUCUCGAGACCGGGGCGAGCAAACUGUCUGAUAUCAUGAGGGACUAUUUGAAUCAGUGA